AGGAAAAAAAAUUGCUUACAAGUGUGCACGAAAAGACGUAAUUUUUCCAAAGUGUCAAUGUAAAUAUUGCAAAUUGAAAUACUGAGAAUGUUGGUUGAAUGUGAUUGUGUGGUUAGCUUUACACACUCGGAAUUUAUAAUUUUGUGCUGAUAACAAUUUUUUUUCUCACCAAAAGACUUUAACUUGUGAAAUCAAUUUUUGAUGAAUAAAUCCCUGAAUAAUUAAUACACAAUCAAGUUAAAAUAAAACAGAACUGAACACGAGAAUUAAGUGGCAAAAGGAAAGUGAAAAAUUAAAGCUUAAAAUUGCAAUUUCAUCUGAAAUAAGUGUAUGUAAACCAAAUACGUUGAGAUUGCAUCUUUGGAGCAGCAAAUCACUCAAUAAAAGGAAAUUACAAUUCUGGCAAGCUGGCGAAUUUACCGAAUAAUUCAUCUCACCCAGUGCCCGUAUUGUGGCGAACACGUAGGAAAGGCGAAAGAAAUAUUCUCAAAAAUAUCUCAUAUCCUAAAUUACAAAGAAAAACAAACUCAUCGCUUGUGUUUGCAACAAAAUGUCAACAUUUCUUGAAAAAAUUUUUGAGCACUUCAAACGGUCACGAAACCGAAAAGUUUGUUUUGAAAAGAAAGCCAUUAAGUGAUGAAGAAGAUCUUCAAAGAAUAUCAGAGUUUACUAUAUAA